AUGAAACUCAUCUCGUGUGUUCAAGCUUUUGCCGGUCUUCUGCUGUCACGCUCUUGCCAGGCCGCCCGACAGAACAACGGCAACGACUUCCUUGAUCCUCCUGCUGUCCAACGCCCUAGAUUCAGAUAUUGGCUCCCCGAUGGCACUGUUGAUCCCGAAAAGGUGAAGUCAGACAUCCAGUCUGCUAGCAAAAUCGGGGCGGGAGGAGCCGAGUUCUUGCCCUUCUACAACUAUGGCGGCCAACUAGGACCACCGCCUGUGGGCGUCAACUGGUCAACUUCUGGCUUCGGAACCCCAAAUUUCAUCAAGACUCUCAUCGCAGGCCUUGAGGCUCACAAUGAAUCUGGUCUGUCCAUGGACUUUACGAUUGGUCCGAACCAGGGUCAGGGCGUGCCUGCUGAUGCCAGCAAUGAAGGUCUUCAAUGGGAUUUGUUCGCCGAGACUCAGGCCGUUACCGCCGAUGGACACUUCAACGGCACCAUCCCGGGAUGGGGCUCCGGACAGCUCGUCGCCGCUGUAUCGGGAAUUGUCACGUCUAGAACAAACGUGACAAUCAACACAACCUCAAUCAUCGGAACGGCAGAGAUUUGGUGGGAAGAGUUAGUCUUGCGGAAUGGCUCGUUGAACGAUGUCACUUCUAUGAUCUCAUCUGCCGGCGAGCUUUCCAUCGACCUAUCCAACAACCCAUUCAACGCCUCUGAUUACGAACUAUUUUUCUUCUAUCAAACUUUGUCUGGACACAAGAACCUCAUCUUUACAUCCAACAGAACCGAGACAAUCUGGGACAACGGGUCCUACGUUGUUGAUCACUUCAGCAGCAAAGGCGCCGAGGUUGUUCGUGACUUUUGGGAGCAGUAUAUUUUCGUCGACAAUGUCAAAGAGCUUCUCAUGGAAGUUGGAAACUACGGCUGGGAGGAUAGUAUGGAAAUUCUCUCUAAUACAUCGUGGACAAGGACCCUUCCCGAGAGAUUCGAGAAGCUGUUUGGCUACGACUUGCGCCCGUAUCUCCCUCUCAUCAUAUUCAACAACAACAACAUCAACCUUCAGAAUGAUGCACCAGGUCAUACACGGUGCUUUCUAGACACUCAUGACAAAGGCCAGGGUUACAUCAACGACUACCGUGCUGCGCUCGCCGAUGGCUACCAGGAGUACCUGACCACCCUUGCGAAUUGGACACACUCUCUUGGUAUGGGCCUGUCUGCGCAAGUUUCAUACAACCUACCCAUGGAUAUGGAGGCAUCCAUCCCAUUUGUUGAUGCACCUGAGUGCGAAAGCCUGCAAUUCCAUGACAGCCUCGAUGGGUACAGGCAAUUCUCGGGGCCAGCCAAUCUGGCAAGGAAGACAGUCAUCUCCAAUGAGCUUGGUGCGGUGUUUGGAAGUGCUUACCGCUUCACUAUCCCAGACCUACUUUUCGCCAUGAACCGCGCUGUCGCAGGAGGGGUCAAUCAGUUCGUCAUUCAUGGGCAAUCAUACUCGGGCAACUACCCUCAAACAACUUGGCCUGGAUACACAGCAUUCAGAUACUACGUUUCCGAUUUAUACUCUCCCAAACGCCCCGACUGGGACCAUGGCCUUCAAGCUGGGCUGGACUACAUGGGCAGGGUUCAGCACAUCCAGCAGACAGGCGUCCCAAGAACCGAUGUUGCAUUUUACAACAAACAGACGGUAACGGAUCCUAACAUGGGCACGCUCUAUACAUAUGAUGAUCUGACCUUGAAAGGGUGGUCCUACAACUACUUGUCUCCUGAUAACUUUGCCCUCCCCCAGGCAUAUGUAAGGAAUAACUUGCUCGCGCCCGAGGAUGCCAGAUACCAAGCGCUUGUAGUGCCUGGAUCACAAAAUCUUACCUCAUCGGGUCUCCUCAAGCUCACUGAGUUUGCGGAAGCUGGGCUGCCCAUCAUAAUUGCUGGCGGCUCUCCCGGAGAGUAUGCGACCGAGAGUAAAGCAUCCAAAGUCAGCCUUUCUUUCGAUACCAGCUUGCAGAAGCUCCUUAAUAUUAGCUCUGUCUACCAGGUUGCAGAGGGCGAAAUCGCCGAGAAGCUCGAAGGACUCGGUCUCAAACCAAGAGCUGGCGUCAAGACAAACGGGACAUGGCAUACUACCUGGCGCGAGGACUCCUCCAACAACAUCAGCUAUGCCUACGUUUUCAGCGACGCUGAGUCCGAAAAUGGAGAGCUCAUCGUGCAAUCUUCAGGGGUUCCUUAUUUCUUUGAUGCCUGGACUGGAGCGAGGGAGCCUGUCGUGCACUACGAGACGGAUGGGUCGACAACAACUAUCUCUCUCACUCUAGCUGGAAACCAGACCAAGAUCAUCGGCUUCGCUGACUCUUGCCUUGAAGACGUUGCGACACCCGAGUUUCACUUUACGGAGCUCUCUGGCAAUAUUCUGGGCUAUCGCGCAAAUGACCAGGAGAUCGUCGUCAACGCUGCUGCGUCCGCAGAUCCCACAACUCUUACAUUAUCAACUGGCGGCAAGGUUUGCUACGCAACAAAUGUGGCGUCUUCAUUCAAACUUGCAUCUUGGGAUCUCAUACUGGAGCAUUGGGAAGCCCCAGAAGAUAUGUACAAUGCAGCAGUGGUAGCAGUUAAGCGAAACACCAGGCACCAUCUUGAAGAUCUCGUCCCUUGGACGGAAAUUCCAGCAGCCACAAACACGUCUGGUAUUGGCUACUAUUUCGCCAACUUCACCUGGCCACCCGCCUCAUCCGCGGAAACAAAUGCAUCGGUCGGUGCCUAUAUUCAGUUCUCUCCGGCUCUGAAUUCGAUCACUUUGGAAGUCAAUGGUGCUCGCGUGCAUCCGCUCGACCCGAGUAAUCCUGUCGCCGAUAUCUCGACCUACCUUGUUGAAGGAGACAAUCAUGUUCUUGCGAUAGUUCCUAGCACGAUGUGGAACUAUUUCCGGAGCAUUCUGCAGGACAUCAAGAAUUUGGGCGCGACACCGUUUGGGCCUGGAGAAACCCUUUCUGUUGAUAUGAUCCCCAAAACAGAGAAUGGGUUGGUGGGCGUUGUGAACAUUAUUCCCUACGAAGUUCUGCGGGUGGACGCGUCGGAUGGCCAACAAGAAUGUUAG